GUGAGAGAGACGCUUUAAUUUGCUGAAACAAAGAUAAAUACUUCCUUCUCCGUUAUCCAAAUACUUCAAUACCGCUUUUCUUCCCUUAUAUUCUUCACUUUUUAGAUAUUUUCCGGUGAUUUCUUGGCUGUAAUCUGGUUUCUGAAUCUGUUUUUUCAACUAAAUCGAUUGAUUUCAUUGUUUUAACUUUUGGGGUUUCAUUUUCUUGUUUAAAUUUGAGCUUUCUUUCUGUUUUUAUUUGAUUCAUUUUCAAUUCUUUUGGCGAAGUUAAAAAGAGUUCGAAAAGUUCGUUUCAGCAAAGAAAAAGGGUACUUCGAAUUUCGUAUCGUUGUUCCCUGAUUUUUCGUCUUCCUUUUAUCUAUUCCUUUUGUGGGUAUUGAGAUUUUGUUUACUGGGUUUGCACCCUUUUCGUUGCUUGGUGCAAAUGACUCAUGAUCAGAAUUGAGGCGAUUUAGUUUCAUUGAUUUGGGAAUUCUCUUCUGUUGAUUAUGUGAGUUCUUAAAAGGGGUCUGAUGAUUGCUGAUGAUUGAAGCAGAUGGAGAGUUGGAAAUUGAAUGUGUUGAAAUUUAGAGGGGCUGUUUCUUUCCUUUUAGUAAUUGCUGGGGAUUGACAAGAAACAGGGUGGGGUUAUGAUUAGAGUGGGAUUUGGAAAUUAUUUUGCAAUUCGAUUCUGGGGAUGGGGAAUGAUAGAGCUGUAAAACAACAGGGAGCCGUAGCGCGCUCUGGGCGUGCUCAUGAGUUCAUAUCAAGUUCGUUUCGUGCUUUUUCUAGUUACAUGAAGAUUGUUUCUGCUGGUGCUUCGACUGUGGCACGGUCCGCUGCAUCAGUGGCAUCUUCUUUGGCGGAUAAGGAUGAUGAAGCAAAUGGCUUCCAGGUGAACUGGGCGGGUUUUGACAAGUUAGAGUGGGACGACAAUGUUGUUCAACGGGUUCUUCUGUUAGGUUUUCGUUCGGGUUUCCAGGUUUGGGACAUUGAGGAAGCAAAUAAUGUCCAAGACCUGGUUUCUUGUUACGAUGGUUCUGUUUCGUACAUGCAAGUGUUGCCCAGACCAAUACCGUUAAUGAGAUCGGGUGAUAAGUUUACAGAAAGUAGGCCAUUGCUGGUGCUUUCUGCUUAUGGUUCCAUUACUUCUGGUUUUAAAAUUCAGGAUCGAUUAGCAACUUCUGGCAAUGCAGCUGUCCCAAAGGUCCAGGAACUAGCCGAUGCCGGUUUUAUGCCUACUUUUGUUAGGUUUUAUUCCUUGAAAUCUCAAACCUAUGUGCACGAGCUCAAAUUUAGAUCAGUUGUUUAUUCUGUGAGAUGCAGUCCUCUGGUUGUUGCCAUUUCUCUCGUAACUCAGAUACACUGCAUCAAUGCUACAACUUUGGAGACAGAACAUAUCAUUCAUGCAAAUCCUGUUGCUUCUGGAUUUCCGGGUUCUGGAGGAGGUAUCGGUUAUGGACCUCUUGCGCUGGGAUCCCGGUGGCUGGCUUAUAGUGGAAGUCCGAUCACCGCGUCGAAUGUAGGGCGAGUGACGCCACAACAUUUAAAACCUUCUGCUGGUUUAUCUCAUUCUUCUUUAAAUGGAAGUUUAGUUGCUCACUAUGCAAAGGAAUCGAGUAAGCAUCUUGCAGCAGGCCUUGUUACCAUUGGUGAUAAGGGUAUUAAGAAGCUAUCGAGAUAUUACUCAGAGCUCUUGCCCGAUAGCAACAAUUCUCAUCAACCUGGAGCUCAUGGUUUGAAUGGUAUUGGAUAUCUUAAAGAUCAUGUGGCUGAUGCAGAUAGUGUUGGAGUGGUUAUUGUGAAGGACAUUAUCAGCAAAUCGGUUAUCACGCAGUUUCGGGCUCAUAAGAGCCCUAUUUCUGCUUUGUGCUUUGAUCCGAGCGGCACCAUCUUGGUAACAGCUUCUAUUCAGGGUCAUAACAUAAAUGUUUUCAACAUUAUGCCGAGUUCGAGUUCAAAUUCACCUGUGUCUAGUACUGGUGCGUCUUAUCGCCAUCUCUACAGACUCCAACGAGGCUUCACUAAUGCAGUCAUACAAGACAUCAGUUUCAGCUAUGAUAGCAACUGGAUCAUGAUUAGUUCGUCCAGAGGGACGAGUCAUCUCUUUGCUAUAAACCCUGCUGGAGGACAGGUGAAUUUCCCAUCUACUGGUUCUGCUACCAGAAUUGAUGGGUUAGUAGUUCCCGCAAGACAAACCGUUCGGUUGGUCGAUUCUGGUUUACAUAUGCCUCGUAAGCAGAAUGAAUGUGCUACUGGAGGUCCGAUUACGCUUUCUGCUGUUAGUAGAAUUCAUCAUGGAAGUAAUGGCUGGCAAGGCACUGUUAGUAGUGCCGCAGCUGCUGCUACGGGUAGAAUCGGUUCUGUUACAGGAGCUAUCGCUUCAGCUUUCCACAACUGCAAGGGAAAUGCUUUGCAUGUGGACCAUGGAUCGUCCGAGGCUAGGUACCACAUAUUAGUUUUUACUCCAACUGGAAGUAUGAUACAGUACGUGCUGCGAGUGGGUUUAGAUUCAGCCAUAGCUUUACCGAUAUUCAGCACAGGUCUCGACUUAGUUCCUGAGUUGGAUGCAAGAGUAGCAGUUGAAGCAGUCCAGAAAUGGAAUAUUUCUCAGAAACAAAACCAUAGGGCCCGAGAUAAUAACGUUGACAUAUACGGUGACAAUGGAGCUUUAGAUUGCAAGAAAAAUUACUGUGGAGAAAUGAAUGGAAAGCCUAUUGUUCUUGAAGCUAGUGGCACUGUCUCAAAGGCAAAGACAUGCACGGUGGAACAACACCACUUGUAUAUCUCGGAAGUGGAACUGCAGAUGCAUGCUGACCAUACUCCGCUGUGGACAAAACCCGAGAUAUAUUUUCAAGUGAUGGCAAAAGACGGUGUCAAAGGUGAUGAAAUAGAUAAUCUAGGAGAAACCGAAAUUGAAAGGAUCCCGACUCGUAUGGUUGAAGCUCGGUCGAAGGACCUAGUUCCAGUUUUUAACCAUCUUCAGUCACCUAAAAUCUCACAGACAAGGUCUUUAAAUAGGAACAGUGACCAACUGUUGCUACACCAGAAGUCCGAUCUAUUUGAAAAUGAAAGGCAAUCGAGGAGGAACGAUGCGAGUCCCGAUGGGUCAGUUAUCAACAACGGACCUAAAGGAACGGGUAAGCAUGGUCACAAAAUGGUGACAGAAACCAAGGGCGUUGUAAAUGGCUAUAAAGGCCCAAGGUCGUCGCAUCCCGAGCCCGAUAAUGUAAAUAAUUGUACAGAGAGCUUAAGCAUGGAGUGUUCUCAACCCAAGUCUGUAAAUAACCAUGAAAGUGGCGUGGAGGUGGAGGAUGAUUUUGAAGGCAUAUGUGAUUUGUUUGAUUAGAGAGGUAAGUAAUUCUAUGAACUUCGGUCGACUCUCUGGUUUGCAGUUUAUUCUUUUAUUUCUGUUGGAAGUUAUGGAUGAAGUGUAGAUAAGGUGUUUGAAUGGCGUUUCAUUUAAUGGUUCCUUUGUAAAUGACAGAGCUAAAUUAUGUCUUCUCCAACUGGCUUUCUUAUGAUGAUGUAAAUAAUAGAGAAUUGCCAUUAAAGCUGAGCUGAGUUGAUGUGAAAUUAUGUGUCAUUUGAAUUUGAUUCACUGUGUUGCAGUGGA